GGAUUAUAUGGAACUUUUGAAAUGUUGUCCUCCUGGAGGAAAACUAGAGAAGACCAACAUGUAAAAGAGAGAACUGCAGCCGUGUUCGCAGACUCCAUGCUCUCCUUUUCUCUCACCACUGCCAUGUAUCUGGUGACUUUUGGGAUCGGUGCCAGCCCCUUCACCAACAUUGAAGCAGCCAGGAUCUUCUGCUGCAAUUCCUGUAUUGCAAUUUUCUUCAACUACCUCUAUAUACUUUCCUUUUAUGGUUCCAGCCUCGUGUUUACUGGCUACAUAGAAAACAACUACCAGCAUAGUAUCUUCUGCCGAAAGGUACCAAAACCAGAGGUAUUGCAAGAGAAACCUGCUUGGUAUAGGUUUCUUCUGACAGCCAAAUUUAGCGAGGACACAGCAGAGUCAGAGGAGACAAACAGUUAUGAAAGCCACCUUUUGGUGUGUUUCCUCAAGCGUUAUUACUGUGACUGGAUAACAAACACUUACGUCAAGCCUUUUGUAGUUCUCUUUUACCUUAUUUAUAUUUCCUUUGCCUUAAUGGGCUACUUGCAGGUCAACGAAGAGUCAGACCUCAGUAACAUUGUAGCAACUGCGACACGAACCAUGGAGUACACUGCUGCUCAGCAGAAGUACUUCAGCAAUUACAGCCCAGUCAUUGGGUUUUAUAUUUAUGAAUCAAUAGAAUAUUGGAACAUGACCGUCCAAGAUGACAUGCUAGAGUAUACCAAGGGGUUUGUAAGGAUAUCUUGGUUUGAGAGCUAUUUGAAUUAUCUGAGAAAGCUCAACAUAUCAACUGGAUUAUCUAAAAAGAAUUUUACAGAUAUGCUGAGGAACUCCUUUCUGAAAGCUCCCCAAUUUGCCCACUUUUCAGAGGAUAUCAUUUUUUCCAAAAAGUACAACAAUGAAGUUGAAGUGGUGGCCUCUCGAAUGUUCUUGGUGGCUAAGACCAUGGAUACCAAACGAGAAGAGCUCUAUCAUCUCCUGGAAACCUUACGGAAGCUCUCUCUCAAAUCUAAGGUGAAAUUCAUUGUUUUCAAUCCAUCUUUUGUCUACAUGGAUCGUUAUGCCUCCUAUGUGGGGGCCCCCUUGCAGAACUCCUGCAUUAGUGCUUUAUUCCUGCUCUUCUUCUCUGCAUUCCUGGUGGCAGAUUCUCUCAUCAAUGUAUGGCUCACACUCACUGUUGCCUCAGUCGAAUUUGGAGUUAUAGGUUUUAUGACCUUGUGGAAAGUUGAGCUGGACUGUAUUUCUGUGUUGUGCUUAAUUUAUGGGAUUAAUUAUACAGUUGACAACUGUGCACCUCUCUUGUCAACAUUUGUCCUGGGCAAAGAUUUCACAAGAACUAAAUGGGUAAAGAAUGCCCUGGAAGUGCACGGGGUAGCUAUUUUACAGAGCUACCUCUGCUACAUUGUUGGUCUAAUUCCUCUCGCAGCUGUGCCUUCAAAUCUGACCCGUACACUGUUCAGGUGCUUGUUUUUGAUAGCAUUAGUCACCUUCUUUCAUUGCUUUGCCAUUUUACCUGUGAUACUGACUUUUCUGCCACCGUCAAAGAAAAAAAGGAAAGAGAAGAAAACUCCUGAGAAUCGGGAGGAAAUAGAGUGCGUUGAAAUGGUGGAUAUGGAUAGUACCCGUGUGGUUGACCAAAUUACAACAGUCUGA